AUGUACACGCUGAUGAGCAACAAGCAGUACUACGACGCGAUCUGCAGCGGGACCAUCUCCAACACGGAGGGCAUCAACAGCGUGGUGAAGCCCGACACAUACAAGCCGGUGCCGGAUGAGCCCCCGAAUCCCACCAACGUGGAGGAGACGCUGCGGCAGAUCCAGGCCAACGACGGGGCUCUGGAGGACGUCAACAUUAACAACAUCAAGGACAUUCCCAUCGCCACGCUGAAGGCCAUCUGCGAGGCCAUGAAAACCAACACCCACGUCAAGAAGCUCAGCCUGGUAGCCACCCGCAGCAACGACCCCGUCGCCAGC